UUCCGCACUUUUUCGUUCCUACUCUGUUUAACACAUGUAUCAGCGCCACCGUGCUCUCAGCACAUCAAAAGUCGAACACCAUGGCGGAAGCAGAGGUUCAGCGGCUGCUGAAGAAACUCGCCACAAACUAUCAUGAUCUUACGCCACAGGAUCACGCGAUCUUAUCCCACGUGCCUGCCGAGCAGCCACCACCCGGAGCCAGAUCGAAUUUCGAGAAUCCCGUUAGUCUGAAUAUGUCGAUUGAAGUCGUUACAUCGAUACUACUAUUUUUCGUGCUCGUUUUUGUCGCUAUUCGUUGCCAUGUAAAAUUCGGGCUCAAAAGAAGGCUCACUUGGGAUGAUGCAACCUUGCUUAUGGCUGUGAUGUGUACAAUGGUGCACAUUGGCGCGACGCUGUGGGGUGUUGAGAAGGGCAAAAUUGGGAUCCACUCAUGGGACAUUAAUAUACUGACCUACUACACCAUGGACUAUCGGGUUACCUCUUUCAUCGAUCUUGCCUUAGCGCCAAUUACCUUCGCGUUCCUCAAAGCCAGCUUCUUCAUACUUUACUUGCAAUUAUUUCGCACGCUCAAGUGGAUUCUCAUUUUUUCGUGGAUCGGCUUGAUCCUAGCGCUCUGUGUAUAUCUCACAUUCGCCAUCCUGUUCAUCAACUUCGCGGUCCCCCGCCCGGGCGAGCAUUUCGAUACACGUAUCCAUCACGGCUCGGUCGCGCAAUGUAUAGCUCUGUCCACGUUUGGGUUUCUUCUUGAUCUGUUGAUACUUGUUCUUCCUAUCAUUGCGGUAACAAAUCUUCGUAUGCCAAAGAGAAGAAAGUUCGGCGCAGCAUUGGUGUUCCUCUCCGGAUCAUUGGCUUGUGUAUGCUCAGCACUGAGCUUAUACUAUCGGGGAUUCCUGCUGCAUGUGUCGGAUGCGAACUGGAAUAUUGCUGUUGUUGAUCUCGUGUUUCUCGUCGAAGCUAUGAUUGGAAUCAUCUGUGCGUGUACGCCAUCGGCAGCAUAUUGGUUCCGCCAUGCCCCUCUCGCUCAAGCAAUCCGAGAACGCUUGUCAUCACAUCAGUCGUUUUCUCCAGCAACACAGCACACAUCUCAACUUUCAUCAAGGGUCUGGCCAGCUAGGAAAGCAGAGGCUCGGGGGAAAUCUUUGGCGCGUCAGAACGACCGUUACGUGAACCUCGAUGAGGCACCUCUGUCUAUGGUUGAGUCACAUAUCGAAAGACCUGCAAUGGUACACUACACGCCCCAUGGGGGAAGUGUAGAGGAUAUCGAGGCUUUGCCGCCAAUCAUCUAUCGAAAGCAGAAGUUCUUGUUCUAG